AUGGACGGGGUUCAGCUGCGCGAUGAGGCCGCACAGGACCGUGAGCGUGCCGCUGCGGAGUUCCUGGAUCCAAGCGAUGCCAGAGCUCGCAGCUAUCGUGCCGAUAUUGUGGUGAUGCUGAAUCGAGGGCUACGACGUCUGACAGUCAGCAUUGACGAGAUCAGAGCUCACAAUCGCGAACUUGCAGAUGGGCUUCUCACUUCCCCCUUCGACUAUUCACAGGCUUUCGACCGAGCCUUGAAGAAAGUGAUCGGAACGAUCCCGAACCGACCGGCCAAGGAAACAUCAGAGGAAGUGAGCUACUACUGUGCGUAUGUCGGAGCCUUCGGAGAAUUCUCUUGCAACCCGCGGACAUUGAGCUCCCAACACUUGAACCGCAUGAUCUCCCUUGAAGGCAUCGUUACCAAAUGCUCCUUGGUGCGGCCCAAGGUCAUCCAGAGUGUUCACUAUAGUGCCGGCAAGGACCGCUUCCUUGCCAGAAAGUACCGUGACCAGACUAUGUCCGCGAGCGGUGCAACGAGUUUGAAUGUGUACCCUCAGGAAGAUGAUGAGAAGAAUCCGCUUAUCACCGAGUACGGUUACUCAACAUACAUGGACCACCAGUCGAUUUCCAUUCAAGAAAUGCCCGAACGUGCACCCGCGGGACAGUUGCCUCGAAGUGUCGAUGUCAUUCUGGACGAUGACCUUGUCGACAAAGCCAAGCCUGGAGACAGAAUCCAGCUGGUUGGUAUCUACCGGAGCCUGGGAAAUCGGAAUGCGGGUUCCGGGUCCUCGACUUUCCGCACUCUUGUCAUGGCCAACAACAUCAUUCAAUUGUCUUCCAAGUCCGGCGGUGGUAUUGCGCAGGCUACCAUCACCGAUACGGACAUUCGCAAUAUCAACAAAAUCGCCAAGAAAAAGAAUGUGUUCGAGCUGCUCUCCAGUUCGCUUGCGCCCAGUAUUCAUGGCCAUGACUACAUCAAGAAGGCUAUCCUACUGAUGCUUCUCGGUGGAAUGGAGAAGAACCUGGAAAACGGUACUCAUCUUCGUGGUGAUAUCAACAUUCUCAUGGUUGGUGAUCCGUCCACCGCAAAGUCUCAGCUCCUUCGAUUCGUGUUGAAUACUUCCCCUCUGGCGAUUGCCACUACUGGUCGAGGUUCCUCCGGUGUCGGUCUGACUGCUGCUGUCACCUCCGAUAAGGAAACUGGCGAGCGUCGGCUGGAGGCUGGUGCAAUGGUCCUGGGGGACCGCGGUGUGGUUUGUAUUGAUGAGUUCGACAAGAUGAGUGAUGUGGACCGUGUGGCAAUCCACGAAGUUAUGGAGCAGCAGACCGUCACGAUUGCCAAAGCUGGUAUCCAUACGAGUUUAAACGCGCGAUGCAGUGUACUGGCAGCGGCCAAUCCCAUUUACGGCCAGUACGAUCCUCAUAAGGAUCCCCACAAAAACAUCGCUCUGCCGGACUCUCUCCUCUCGCGUUUCGAUUUGCUUUUUGUCGUGACGGAUGAUAUUGAAGACGCGAGAGACCGUAUAGUUUCUGAGCACGUUCUGCGCAUGCACCGAUACCGUCAGCCGGGCACCGAGGAGGGUGCUCCUGUUCGGGAGCAGCUCAACCAGACCCUUGGCGUGGGAAUUGAAGAUCGACAGGAUUCCAACGCGCCGACUGAGGUCUUUGAGAAGUUCAACGUCAUGCUUCACGGUGGCAUGGUCAACAACACUGGCCGCAACCGCAACAAGAACGUGGAAAUUAUCAGCAUUCCUUUCAUCAAGAAGUACGUUCAGUACGCAAAAUCGCGCGUCAAGCCCGUCUUGACCAAAGGCGCGGCCGACCACAUCAUUGCCGCGUAUUCUAGCCUGCGCAAUGAGGAGCUCCAUGGCAACAAGCGUCGUACCUCCCCUAUCACACCGCGUACUCUCGAAACAUUGAUUCGUUUGUCCACUGCCCACGCCAAGGCACGUCUGUCCAGCCGGGUGGACGAGAAGGAUGCUAAGUCCGCAGAGGCCAUCCUGCGCUUUGCCAUGUUCAAGGAGGUCCUUGAGGAUGAGCGUCGCAAGAGGCGCAAGGUUACUACCUUCGAUGAUGACUCUGAUGAAGACAGUGAGGUAGAAUUUGAUGAUGAUGAUGACCAGCCGACAUACAGGGGCACAGCGACAGCGACCCCGAACCAGCAUGGCACGAGAAGCACUGCGGCAACACAGUCAAGUGCUCCAAUUGCAGAAGCAGACGCUGAAGAUGUGGACGGGCUCUACACUGCAAGCCCGCGUAGCCAGAGGACGCGCCCCACGCAGACGCAAACCGAAUCCCAGAUGUCCGUGGCGUCCUCGCAGCCCGCCUCACAGCUUCUCCAGUCCCAAACAAACGACUCGCAGUCCACCGCUGCGGCGGAGCACCCCAUCACUCCAGCUCGGUCAACGGCCUUCCGUCAGACGUUGGGCUCCCUUAUGGGUAGCCGUGUAUUCACCGACGGAGAUACAUGCAAUGUGGAUGUCCUGAUCGAGGCCGUGAACGCGGCUGUCCGCGCUUCCCCAUCUGGCUCCGCGCAAGUCUUCUCACGGCCGGAAGCCAUCCAGGCUCUGCGGGCAAUGAAUGAUGAUAAUCUGCUGAUGUUCCUCGAUGGUGACGACGAUGUCUACCGUAUCUAG